AUGGAGAGGCUCCUCUUCUCUCUGCUCCUGCUCAGUUUGACUGUGAAGGCUCAGCUUUGUCCAAAGCGCUGCAUCUGCCAAAACCUCUCCCCUUCCCUCUCGAUCCUCUGUGCCAAAACUGGGCUCCUCUUUGUGCCUCCAUUUAUCGACAGGAGGACGGUGGAGCUGCGCCUAACCGACAACUUCAUUACCACGGUGAAGAGGAAAGACUUUGCCAACAUGACGAGCCUUGUCCACCUCACGUUGUCGAGGAAUACAAUCAGCCAGAUCAUGCCUUUCACUUUUGGUGACCUCCGAGGUCUUCGAGCUCUACACCUGGAUAGUAACAGGCUGACCAGAGUCAACCACGAGCACUUCAAUGGCCUAGUCAAUCUCCGACACCUGAUCCUUAGCAACAAUCAGCUGCAUUACAUUGCAGCCAACUCAUUUGAUGACUUUAUCUUAUCUCUUGAAGAUCUGGAUCUCUCCUACAACAACCUAGAGAAUCUGCCUUGGGAAACUAUUGGAAAAAUGACAAAUGUUAACUCCCUCAGUCUGGACCACAACCUGAUUGACUUUGUUCCUGAAGGGACAUUUUCCAAUCUUCACAAAUUGGCUCGAUUGGAUAUGACAUCCAACAAACUUCACAAGUUACCUCCUGAUCCCCUCUUUCUAAGAGUCCAAAUGUUUGCAAAGACAAAAGGCUCCCCACUCUCUUCUCUGGUACUUAGCUUUGGUGGAAAUCCAUUGCACUGUAACUGUGAGCUACUCUGGUUGAGACGCCUCACAAGGGAGGAUGAUCUGGAAACUUGUGCCUCGCCACCUCACUUAAUGGGUAAAUAUUUCUGGUUCAUCCCUGAGGAGGAAUUUACUUGCGAUUCUCCACUCAUCACACGACAUACUUCUAAAACGUUUGUCAUGGAAGGUCAGCAGGCGACGUUGAAGUGUAAAGCAGUGGGAGACCCUGACCCAUUCAUUCACUGGAUCUCACCAGAUGAACGACUGAUCUCGAAUUCAUCCAGGGCCAUCACCCGUGAGAAUGGAACCCUGCAUAUCCUAAUUGCCACCCCAAAAGACAGUGGCACGUUCACCUGCAUUGCCUCCAACGCUGGUGGCGAGGCCAUGGCCCAAGUGGAGUUGAUUGUGAAUCCUCUACCCCAUUUUGCCAACAGCACAAAUAACAUCAAGGAACCAGAUCCCGGUUCAUCUGACAUCACCACUUCUGCCAAGUCAGGUUCCCCACCAGUAGCUAACGACACAAAAACCACGCAGGAGAAGAAGGUCAUUGCAACUGACCUCACAUCGUCCUCCGUACAGAUUCGUUGGCCCUCACAGCGAAAUAUUCCAGGAAUCCGAAUGUACCAAGUCCAGUAUAAUAGCUCGUCUGAUGAUGUACUUGUCUACAGAAUGAUUCCAUCUUCUAGCAAAACGUUCAUUGUGAAAGACUUAGUCGCUGGGCGAGACUAUGACCUGUGCGUUCUAGCUGUCUAUGAUGAUGGGAUUACCACUUUGACUGCAACACGAGCUGUGGGCUGUGUACAGUUCACCACAGAGAAGGAGUACACACAGUGUCAAUCCAUGCAUACCCAGUUCCUUGGUGGGACCAUGAUCAUCAUCAUUGGUGGCAUCAUUGUGGCCUCUGUAUUGGUCUUCAUCAUCAUCCUUAUGAUCAGGUAUAAAGUCUACAAUAACACUGGGGAACACAAGACUAAGGUCAGUAACGUCUACUCACAGACCAAUGGAAGUCAGAAUGGGGCCAUGCCACCAUCAACCUCAAAACGAAUGGAAAGUCGAGAGGAACAUGUCCAGGAGAUGUUGCCAGAUGCUCCCAAAGGAACAUUGGCUGUGGCUUUAACUACAGAUUAUGAUAAAGUCUCUGUCACUCAAAGCCCAUCUUUUCCCACAGAGGAUAUAACUCCUCAUAAGCGAAGGAGAACUCGGACAGAGCUGCUGAAAGAUGCGCCAUUCCCUUCAAAGGAGAUUCAAGGGGAGGACCAAGGUAGCACAUCAACAAAACUGCAAAUUCCCAAUUUCUUUGAAGAUUACGUGUAAAGAAAACAGCCAAAUUCUACAAACUGUCAUAAUUCUAGUGUUGUUCACAGGUAGUCUGGGGUGUUAUAUAUAAACCAAAAAUGCUGGAAAUACUCAACAGGGCAGACAAUAUCUGCAGAGAGACAAACAGUCAAUGUUUCACAUCAGCGAUGGCCCCUCUACAGUCUGGGCUCUUCAAUAAGUACCUGCAGAGAAAGGCUGACCUUAGGGAUCAGAAGAACCACACAAUUACUGUCUGACAUUUUUCCAUUUUUACAGAUAUAUAUAUUUUUGAUACCUUGAAGUAUGAUGUUUGAAGAUUGCCUGAAAUUCUAGAUGCAAAACGUCUGCAGAAAUAUAAAGAUGUGUACAACCACUGAGGAAGGAAGAUUUAUUUUCAGCGAAAUCAUUAAUGUGUGGCGCAUCAAAUACUGCGGAUGCUGCAAAUCUGAAUCACAGCCA